AUGAGACGUUGGCGCAUCCUCACGGGCGAGAGACCCUACCCAUGCUCUGAGGGUGGGAAACGCUUCAGCCAGAGCUCCUCCCGUAUUAGGCACCAGAGAAUCCACACAGGAGCGACCCCGUUCGCGUGCGCCGAGUGUGGGAAACGCGUUAGCCAGCGCUCAUCCCUGGUCACCCACCGGAGAAUCCACACCGGCGAGAUGCCCUACACCUGCGCUGAGUGCGGGAAAAGCUUCCGGCGGAGCUCAGGCCUGAACACCCACCAGAGAAUCCACACCGGCGAGACGCCCUACACCUGCGCCGAGUGCGGGAAAAGCUUCCGGUGGAGCUCAAACCUGAUCACGCACCAGAGAAUCCACACCGGCGAGACGCCCUACACCUGCGCCGAGUGCGGGAAAAGCGUUAGCCAGCGCUCAUCCCUGGUCACCCACCGGAGAAUCCACACCGGCGAGACGCCCUACACCUGCGCCGAGUGCGGGAAAAGCUUCCGGCGGAGCUCAGGCCCUGUCACUCAGGGAAUACACAUGGGUUAA